UUAGAAUCUGUGGGAGUCUGCUGUUUCUCUCCCUAAAAUUUAGAAUUUUAGAGAGAGAGAUUUUGACAGCCUUGAGAAGAGGAAGAGACGUGGGAAUUGCAAUUGGUUAUCGAGAAAUUCAAUUCAUAAUUCCCGAAGCACAGCAGAAGAAAAGAAACCCAACCCAAGUCCUGAUUUUGUAAUUAAUAUAUAUAUAUGUAGUUUUGGAGAGAGAGAGUCGCUUUUAUUUGCCGAAACAAAGAUUACUUCUUCUUCUUCGUUAUCCAAAUACCCAAAUCCGCGUUCUUCCCUUUAUUUUCUCCAUUCGGAUCUCUCCCGGUGAUUUCUGGGCUGUAUUCCGUUUUCAAAUCCGUCUUCUACCCAAUCCCCUGUGGCCUGUGCUGUGUUGGAUGGAUUGAUUGAUUGAUUUCAUUGUUUUAAUAUUUGGGAUUCUUUUUAAAUUCUAGCUUCCGCUUCCUUUUUGGGUUUAUUUGUUUAUUUUUAAUUCUUUCGGCAAAGUUAAAAAAGAGAGAGUUCAAAAGCUUGUUUCAGGAAAGAAAAAGGGUGCUUCGAAUUUUGGUUUUUUGGAUUCCCUUUUGUGGGGUAUUGAAGAGAUUGUAUAUUGGUGUGCACCGUUUUCGUUGCUUUUGGUUUUUUGCGUAAAACUUGGGGUGGUGCAAAAUGACUCACGAUCGAAUUUGAAACCGUCUGUAUUGAUUUGGAGGCGUCGGAUGAUUGCCGAUGAUUGCCGAUGAUUGAAGAAGCAGAUGGAGACAGUUGGAAACUGAAUGAAAUUUAGAGGGGCUGUUUCUUGCCUUUUGGUAAUUUCUGGGGCUUGCAGAAGAAACAGCCUGGGGUUAUGAUUAGAGUAGAAUUUGGAGAAUUGGUGAUUCUUGUGUUUUGGGCAUUGGGUAUUUUGCUUACUUUGAUUCUGGGGAUGAGGAAUGAUGGAGCUUUGAAACAACAGGGAACCGUAGCCCGCUCUGGGCGGGCUCACGAGUUCAUAUCAAGUUCAUUUCGUGCCUUUUCUAGUUACAUGAAGAUUGUAUCUGCUGGUGCUUCUACUGUGGCGCGGUCUGCUGCAUCAGUGGCAUCGUCUUUGGUUGAUAAGGAUGAAGAAGCGAAUGGCUUUCAGGUGAAUUGGGCUGGAUUUGACAAGUUAGAGUGGGACGACAAUGUCAUUCGACGGGUUCUUCUGUUGAGUUUCCGUUCUGGUUUCCAGGUCUGGGAUGUUGAGGAAGCAAAUAGUGUCCAAGACCUGGUUUCUCGUUAUGAUGGUUCUGUUUCAAAUAUGCAAGUGCUGCCAAGACCAAUACCAUCAAUGAGAUCAGGAGAUAAGUUUGCUGAAAGCAGGCCAUUGCUGGUGCUUUCUGCUUAUGGUUCCAUUGCUGCUGCUUGUGACAUUCAGGAUCGGUUAGCCACUUCUGGCAAUGCAGCCAUCCCAAAGUGCCAGGAACUAGUGGAUGGAAGUUUUAUGCCUACUUUUGUUAGGUUUUAUUCCUUGAAAUCUCAAACUUAUUUUCACGAGCUCAAAUUUAGAUCAGUUGUAUAUUCUGUGAGAUGCAGUCCCCUGGUUGUUGCCAUUUCUCUGGCAAAUCAGAUACACUGCAUCAAUGCUACAACUUUGGAGAAGGAACAUAUCAUUCUUACUAAUCCUGUCGUUUCGGGUUUUCCUGGAUCUGGAGGUGGGAUAGGUUAUGGACCCCUUGCAGUGGGACCCAGAUGGCUGGCUUAUAGUGGAAGUCCGAUCAUGGUUUCAAAUACCGGGCGAGUGAGUCCACAACAUUUAAAACAUUCUGCUAGUUUUUCUCAUUCUUCUUCAAAUGGGAGUUUAGUUGCUCACUAUGCAAAGGAAUCAAGUAAGCAAAUUGCGGCAGGCAUUGUCACCCUUGGAGACAAGGGUAUCAAGAAGCUAUCGAGGUAUUACUCGGACCUCUUACCCGAAAGCAACAAUUCUCUUCAAUCAGGUGCUCAGGGUUUGAAGGGCAUUGGGGCUCUUAAUGGCCAAGUGACAGAUGCGGAUAGCAUUGGAAUGGUUAUUGUCAAAGAUAUCAUUAGCAAAGUUAUAAUCACCCAGUUCAAGGCACAUAAGAGCCCGAUUUCUGCUUUAUGCUUUGAUCCAAGCGGCACCAUCUUGGUGACGGCUUCUGUUCACGGUCAUAACAUAAAUGUUUUCAAAAUCAUGCCAAGUUCAAGUUUAAAUUCAUCUGCUUCUGGUACUGGUGCAUCUUCUAUCCAUCUAUACCGUCUCCAACGUGGUUUCACUAAUGCAGUCAUACAAGACAUCAGUUUCAGCUAUGAUAGCAACUGGAUCAUGAUUAGUUCCUCUAGAGGGACAAGCCAUCUCUUUGCCAUAAACCCUGCUGGAGGACAAGUGAAUUUCCCAUCUGCAGAUGCUAAUUUUAUUAUCAGAAAUGGUGGGUCGGGAGUUCCUGCCAGACAAACCCUUCGGCGGGUUGAUUCUGGUUUACACAUGCCUAGUAAACAGGACCCAUGUGCUACUGGAGUUCCGGUCACACUUUUUGCUGUUAGUAGAAUUCAUCAUGGAAGUAAUGGCUGGCGAGGCACUGUAAGUAGUGCUGCAGCUGCUGCAACUGGUAGAAUGGGUACUGUUUCAGGAGCUAUUGCUUCAGCUUUCCACGACUGCAGGGUAAACGCUUUGCAUAUCGACAAUGGAUCUUCUGAGGCUAGGUACCACAUAUUAGUGUUUUCUCCAACUGGUAGUAUGAUACAAUAUGCAUUGCGAGUUGGUUUAGACUCAACCGAAGUUUUGCCAAGAUCUAGCACCGCUCUUGAGUCUGUUCCCGAGUCGGAUGGUAGACUUGUAGUUGAAGCUAUCCAGAAAUGGAAUAUAUCCCAGAAACAAAACCGGAAGGCUCAAGAUAAUAGCAUUGACAUAUACGGUGACAAUGGAGGUUUAGAAUGCAAUAAAAAUUAUUGUGGAGAAAUUAAUGGAAAUCCUAUUUAUCUUGGAGCAAGUGACACUGUAUUGAAGGCAAAGGCUUGCAGGGAGGAACUACACCACUUCUAUAUUUCAGAAGCGGAACUGCAGAUGCAAGCUGCCCGUUCUCCGCUGUGGACAAAACCUGAGAUAUAUUUUCAAGCAAUGGCAAGAGAUGGUGUCAAAGGUGACGAAAUUGGCAGUCUUGGUGAAAUUGAGAUCGAAAGGAUCCCAACCCGUAUGAUUGAGGCUAGGUCGAAAGACCUGGUUCCUGUUUUUGACUAUCUUCAGUUACCCAAAAUCUCACAGACAAGGUAUUUAGACAACAACAGUGAGCCGUUGCUGCACCAGAAGUUGUCUGUCCUCGUUGAAAAUGGGAGGCAAUCAUUGGGGAACAAUGCGGGUCCCCACGACUCUAUUAUCGGUAACGAACAGGCAGGAACUGGUAGGCAUGGUUGCAAGAUGGUGACAGAAUCUAAGGGCAUUGUAAAUGACGAGAGCCCAAACUCAGAAACUCAGCUCAAUAAUGUAAAUAAUUGUACAGAGAGCUUAAGAAUGGAGUCUCCACACAAGUCUGUAAAUAACCAAGAAAGUGGCCCCAAGGUGGUGAAUCUUUUUGAAGACACAGAUGAUGAGUUUUGAUUAGAGGUAAAUAAUUCUACAAACCUUGGUAAACUCUCAUCUCUUUAGUUAAUACUCUGUCCUGCUGAUGAAGUGUUGGUUCAUAACAAUGGUAACUUUAUCAUCACUCUGGUUUGCAGUUUAUUCUUUUAUUUCUCCUGGAAGCUUUAUUAAUGGUGUAUAUGGGUGUAAGUGUAGAGAAGAGUUGAGAUGGAGAAAUAUGUGGUUACAGUGUUUUAAUGGAGUUUCAUUUAAUGGUCAACUUUGUAAAUAACACAGCUAAAUUAUCUCUCCCAACUAGCAGUUUUAUAAUGUAAAUAAUAGAACUGCCUUCAUAACUACUACUGACUUGAUAUGUAAUUUAUGAAUCAUUGAAUGUGAUUCACUGUGUUGCAGUGAACAUGAGCAUU